AUGUACGCUGAGUACUGCACGUAGUUACUAUAACGGAUAAUGGCAAAUUCGCUGCGUUUAUUUCUAAAAUGUUCAUUCAUGCUUGUGUCUUCAUACUACACCCUGCCGUUUCUGGUGAAACUCUGUGUCGGACUUGUUAAUAACUAUUUCGCCACAUCCGUAUCCUUCAAUAUGGACACACUUUUCAUCAACUGGAACACCUCCUUUCCGGCCAUAACCGUUUGUGAGAUCUAUAAUGGCGAAAAAAUUUGGGACAUGAGCGAGCAAUAUUUCGGCACGGAUCACGAUCUGCAAAUGGACGAUUUUGUCGGUGAAGUGGUCUUCUUCCGUGGCACUUGUGCAACAUGUGAUAAAUGCGACUAUAUGAAGUGUCCGCAGAAUUUCACCGAGCUCUUGUCCCACUUUCGCGGUAAAUGCGCACAGUUGUUACUUCAUUGUAGAUAUAAAAACCAAUACUUCAAUUGUUGCGACGAAUUUCUGCCGAUACACACCGAAUAUGGCAUUUGCUUUGCGUUCAAUUCGAAUCAAGCACGUAAAAGCGCACAAAUGCAAUUCGCCAGUAGUCGUGAAACCGGUCCUGGCAUAUUGACAUUUGAAGUCUCUGCCGACAUUCAGCUGCAUAUACAUCCAUCCAUCGAUAUACCACUUUCCUACUUCGAGAGUACGAUUCGUGAAACUGUGUUGCUUGGCAGCACCAAAGAGAUCAUCAUCAAUGUCAUGGAGGUGUAUAACCAUCCCAGUGUCUAUCAACUCACGCUAGAUCAGCGUCGGUGCCGCUUCAGCAAUGAACACACAGAUUGGGGACUUGAAGUGGGCCUCUAUGAGUUCUAUAGUUUUUCAACUUGUAUUGUAGAGUGCGGUCUGAAAGCGCAGCUGGAACAUUGUAAUUGCAGCAGCCAUUUUCUAGCACCCGCAAUGCAAUCGCAAAGUGGAUCUGUGCCUAUGUGCGAUUAUCGCGGCUUGAGUUGUCUCACAAAAUAUUAUGAAGAUAUACAGCUGGAGCGCAAAUCGUGUAAUUGUAUGAGUUCAUGCGAUGAACCUGAAUACAAUAUCGUUUACAGUUCGCCGGAUGGCGAGAGUGAAAGUGAUAUGGAGGUGUCACAGGUGCAUAUCGCACUAAUUGAACUGCCGACACAACGUUAUAUUCGACGCGUCACCAAGGCACCACUCGACUUGUUAAUUUCGGUUGGUGGCAUAGCUGGGCUUUUCUUUAACGUCUCCAUUGUUCGACUCAUUGAAGCGAUAUUUUUAAUCAAAGAGUAUAACUGGUAUGGUUUAUGGAGCAGAAUAGGAGUAUAUUUAUGGACAAUAUUUCGCUCAAUGUUAAAUAAAUGUUUUUUUAAGUAUGUGCAUAAGUAUGUAUACACAAAACGGCCAUAAUGCUAUGUGUAUAAAUUAAUAUCUACAAGAGGCACACCUAAUGUGUAAAAAGGAUACUUUUUAGAAAUUUAGAAAUCAUCAGAACAUUUGGCUCCGACUAAAAUCGCUGCAUCUGUAACACAAAAACUAUCGAUUUAUAUAUUAGCAUGCCACUUUUAAAAGUGUAACCUAUCGUAAUAAACAAAAAAUAAUAAUGUUUAAUUCCA